CGUGACUUGGUUUCAUCAUCCGUGUUUGAACCUCUCAGGAUUUAGUAGCUGGAGGUCAGCUAGAUGAACUAGGGACCCUGUAGGAUACGUAACAUUAAUAACAAAGAUUGUGGCCACUACAAGAAAGACAAAAUGGAGAUUUUAAAACAGCUCCAGAGUGUGGCCGUCGUUGCAGCGUUGAUAUGGGUGUCAGCAUCGUCAACGUUGCGGCCGUUAAGGAAUUCGAAGAGACUGGAAUGUCACCUUGGAUGUCACUGUCGUCGGUCAGAGAUUAAGUUUCGACAUAGAUAUGAACAUAUUGUUGAAAUGCGCUGCACACACUUGAACUUAACAGAGGACCAUUUACCAUUACCUCCGAAACAGUCAAGAAAAUUGUCUACAAGUUUAUAUUUGGAGAAUGGCACAAUUCCCUAUCUCUCAAACACUUCUCUGUCAGUGUAUUCUCCAUACAGGAUCGUCAUUCUCAGUCUGAAAAAAAACGCCAUUGAAAACGUAGCCAAGGACGCCUUUGGUCAUUUGAUGCAUUUGAAAACACUUGACCUCUCAGAAAACAUCAUUCAAGAGGGGAUUCUAAAGGAAGCUUUCUAUGGAAUCGCCUUGACGCCACUCAAAACAUUGAAUAUAAGUUCAAUGAACCUUCAAAAUGUUUCUGAUGACUUUUUUAAGCAUUUGAAACGUAUUGGCAAUUUCAAGCUUAUAUUUCUGGACAAUACACAUAUGUUCCCAAUGACAGCACUCAUGAGACUGAAUCACAUGACCUCACUUGACUUUGGGGGAAAUAAUUUAACACUCAUACAUCUAUACAAUGCCAGUUUUACCUCUUUAAGAUAUCUGAAUCUUGACAAUAAUCACUUUCGAGAUUGUCCCGAUUUCUGUUUCAAAGAAAGCAACAGUUCGAGGUUCCCUAACCUUGAAAUCCUCAAAAUUCAGUGGAAUGAGAUGAGACAAAUAAACCGGUUGCAUUACAACUGUCUUACUAGUCUCACGCGUUUCUACCUAAACGGUAAUCUUUUCCAAGAACUAAGAUCCAAUCAGUUUUCGAUGCUUCCCAAUAUUUUCAAGAUCACCCUGUCCUAUGUUGGAUGUGCGAUGCACAAUAUAGAACGAGCAGUGUUCAAUAAUUCGGCAUUAAAACAAAUAUAUUUUCGCAAUAAUCAUAUUUGGUUUAUAAAUGGGGGCAUUAACUUACGUGUAUUUGAAGGAUGUUCUUCGUUAGAGUUAUUAAAUCUUAAUUACAAUAUUUUCCAUAGCACAAAAGAAGAUGAGUUCAAUACUUUGCUUGGGCAUCUUACUCAACUCAGGAUUUUGAUCAUGGGAGGUAACAACCUACGCUUUAUACCACGAGUUAUAACUGAAAGAUUAACCAACAUUGAGAGUCUUGCACUAUAUUCGAAUGGUAUUACAGAUUUGACACCGUUAAAAAAUAUGACAAAUUUGAAAAAGUUGUUCAUGGGAAGUAAUCAAAUAACAACUUUAGAUGAGUCAUCUUUCCAACCCUUCAGAAGGAAUUUAACUACAAUUAUUCUCUAUGAUAAUCCCUUUUCCUGUACAUGCGACAUACUUUGGUUCAUUGAAUGGAUGCGCAAAGAGACCAACAUAUUCGGUUAUAAAACAGAUCCAAAUUUCACGUCUUCAUACAAGUGUUUUAGCCCAGGGAACAAGAUAGGACAUCGCUUGCUGGAUUUGGAAAUGUCGGAAAUCACUUGUUUAUUGGAUAUGGAUGUCAAGAUUACAACUCUUACCUUAAGUAUUUUGCUCAUAGUGUUCGUGGUAGUCGGGACAGUGAUGUAUCGUUACCGUUGGCACAUCCGAUACUUCAUCUACAUGGUCAGAUACAGUCAACGUCAGGAAGUGGACACCCACGAAUACGAAUAUGACGCAUUUGUAGCUUAUUCUGCACCAGAUCGCCCCUGGGUCAUUAAGACUCUACUUCCAAUUCUUGAGGGCCAAGAAGACCUUAAUAUCUGCCUUCAUGACAGAGAUUUUCAAGUCGGAAAAUUAAUUGUCGAUAAUAUUGUUGAUUCAAUUCAAGGAAGUCGGAAAAUUAUUAUCGUCCUCUCCAAUGAGUUUGCCCAGAGUGGAUGGUGCCAGUUUGAAUUGAAUCUCAUCCAGCGUCACGUGCUGGAGAAUGGACAGCGCCUCCUGGUGGUGGUGAUGCUGGAGGAGAUAGACACACGCCACGUGACCAAAGCUAUGAGAGCCAUGUUGCAGACGACAACCUACCUGAUGUGGGGCGAGGAAGAAUAUGCCAGAAAAGCCUUCUUCAACAGACUGAGGAUGUUACUUCGUAGAGUAACCAAACAUGGACGGGAACGGAGAUUGUCAAUCUAGUCUGGUACAUUCUGAACAUAAUGAUCAAUCAACCAGUCCUGUCUACAUAUGUGCGUAAACCGUUAUGAUGAUACUGCUGCCGAGUGCUGCGAGUCGUAAAAUAUACUUUAAGUAAUAGUUCAUUAAGCACCUAUUGAUUAACCAAUGUUUAUUCGGAGAACCAUUCUUGGCAGAAAUGUGUCAUCGACGACUGAAGCUGUGAUUUGCAUAUUUACCAAAACUGUGACGUACACUCACCUAUCCAGUGCCGAGAUAGUGAAACUCCGCGGUACACUGACAACACAAGAGUUCUUCAGCAGUAACCCUGACAUUAAAAACCGUAAAUGCAGAUGGUCUUGAUGUCCUACAUGAAUUCAUGGAUGUGGUAUUAUCUAUUUUGAACAGUUUGGGGACCAUGCAGGUGAUAUCAGUGGAGGAGGGGGUAGGGGGAUUAUCAAUUUUGCUUUAUAAAGUCAAAUGAAUUGUAUUUUGAAUUUUGUUGUUUUUUGUUCUAUAAACAUCAUUAUCAUGAUUAUAUUUCGGAGAUUUUUUUGUAAAUUAAAGGAUGUGACUUGUAGUUUGAUUCACUUAUUAAGCAGUUUACUCUAACUCUUAUU